AAUUUGAUGACAACAAGUAAAUAUUUUACGUGGAAUAAUGUAAUCCCUAUUAUUAUCAACUUAAUUCAAAAUUUAGAGAUUAAUUAAUUCCAUCUUGUAUAAAAAAUGGAGUCACCACAUUCCAACGACGCCAAUAAAAAGGUAAAUUUGGAAAAUCUAUCUAAAGAGGAGCUGAUCAAAAAGUGUACCCAAUUGUUACAACUCGCCCAGAAGGCGAAACAAUCAAAAGUUGUGCUACAAGAAGAAAACAGUAAGCUAAAAGAGGAAUUGAAUAUUAAAAAAUCAGAUAAUUCAGAUCUUGUUACUAAAGAAUUAAUAGAAAAUUUAACCCUCCAAAAAUUAAAUUUAUUUACAAGCAAUCAAGAGUUGAAAAGUCAAAAUGAAAGUUUUGUAGAAAAAUAUCAAACAUUGCAGUCGGAAAUAAAAGAAUAUCAAGAAAAACUAACAAUAUGUGACAAUGAAAACACAUCUUACAAAAGACAAAUCAUUCGUUUAACUGAUGAAAAUGAACAGCUAAUAACUGAUUUAGAUACUUUAGAAAAACAACUUGUAGAAUUAAAGUCAAAAAGCGUCAGUCAACAUCAAAGAAUACUAGAAUUAGAACAAUUAAAAAGUGAAGAAACCAAAAAUGCCACAGUCGAGCUACAAAACAUGCUAAGCAUAAGUUUAGGAGAAGUAAAAAAACUACAAACUGAAAACAGUCAGUUAAAAGAAAAAAUUAGUAACCUUGAAUUAAAUCUCAAAGAAAAGGAUAAAAAUAUAAUUGUUAUCGGCAAGGAACUAUUAUCUGCCAAAAAUGAGAUAACCAAAUAUAUAGAUGAAUCUGAAACUGAUAAAAUAGAAGCAAAUUUAGAAGAAAAGGACAAUAAAAUCAGGGAGUUGGAAGAAAGUAGUGUGAAAUUAAAACAAAAAAUUAAAUUCUAUCAUUCAAAAAUAGUAAAAUUUGCCACUAUAGCGAAAGAAUUGAGAACUAGCAAAAAUGAAAUUUUAGAACUUUUCAAAUCCUACAUAGAACAAGUAAAAGUUUGGAAAGACCAGUUAAACUUUGGUGAAAAAAACAUAGUUAAAUAUCUAAAUGGUAUUGAACAAGAAAAUAAAUAUUUGAAAGAGAAAUUAGAUCAACUAAAUCAAUUGGAAAAAGCAUCAGAUUUUGAUAAAAAUACAUUUGAGAGUGAGAUUAGGCAAUAUUUAGACAAAUUAGAAGUACAAACCAAGGAAAUAGUGGAUUUAAAAGAAGAUAGGAAUAAAAUAGUUAAUGAAUUAAAAGGCAAAUAUGAAGAAGAGCGAUUACACUGGGAAAAAGAAGUGCUUGAUUUCAAAGAAACCAUUGAAAAACAUGAAACUGAAAUAAACACUCUAAAAGACCAAUAUGAGAGUGAAAAAUUAGAUUUGGAAAAACAAUUGUUUGAAUCUAAUAAAAAAUAUGAAACAGAAAAAUUACACUGGGAGAAAGAAUUGCUUGAUAUCAAAGAACAAUCUAAAAAUGAAAUUAAAGUGGUUAAAGAUCAAUAUGAGAGUGAAAAAUUAGAUUUGGAGAAACAAUUAGUUGAAUCUAAUGAAAAAUAUGAAUCAGAAAAAUUACACUGGGAGAAGGAAUUGCUUGAUUCCAAAGAAAACUGUGAAAAUGAAAUUAAAAUGUUAAAAGAUCAAUAUGAUAUUGAAAAGAUGCAUGGGGAAAAGGAAUUGAUAGAAUCUAAAGAGAAGAUUGAAUGUUUAUUGGAAGAAAAUAAACUAAAAACAAAUAAUGUAGAUAGUAACAAAUUUUUAGAUGAAAAAUUAAAAUUAGAGCAUGAAUUGGAAGAAAUUCGUGCCAUUUAUGAAGAUCAGAAGUGUUCUUUACAUGAACUUACUAAUUCUAAACAGGAUAUAGAACUGAGACUAACAGAGACUGAGCAAAUAGUAAAAGAACGAGAAAACGAGAUAAUACUCCUAAGAAAGGAGAAUGUGACCAUAUCGAAAAUAAAAGAAGACCUAAUUCAUGAACUAGAAAAAUUAAACUGCGAUAGAAGGAGUUUAAAAGAGAAAUCAGAGAACCUUAAAAAAGAUUUUGAAAAAAGAAUAUCAGACCUUCACAAUGAGGUCAGAUCUCUGCAAGAGUUAGAAUCAAGUUUUUCAGAUGAAAUCAAACACUUAUCAGGUGAAAACAAAUCUCUGACUUCCCAAAAUGAGUUGCUACAAGAUAGACUGCAAAAAUUCGAAUAUUCUUUACAAAAUAGAACCAACGUUUCAUCACAAACAAAUGAAGUUGCUUGCAAUAAUGAAGAAUUUGAAGAACAAGUUUCAAAUUUAAAGAGAGAAAAUGCUGAAUUGUUGUCAGAGAUGAAUGAAAUGAAUCAGGCCAUUAAAGAAAGGGGAGAGAACAUAUCAAAGUUGGAAGCCCAUUGUGAAGAGGUGAUGAAAAAGUUGCAAAUCUAUGAGUCACAAGCUAAUAAGAAUAUCGAUAAUUUGACAGAAAAGGAACGGAUUAUUGAAGAUCUAACAAGAGAAAUUAACGAAUUGAAAAGUAGAGACACUAUGAAUUCGAAUGUGAAUUUGAGUCAUACUGACGAAAUAGAUGCCUUAAAGGGUGAAUUAGAUAUGCUGAAAGACAAAUUGAAUUCUAAUUUAGAAUGCAACUAUACUGAUGAUGGAAUGUCUACAUCUACUAUAUCCAGGACUGAAGAAAUGAAUAGGUUGAAAGAUUUGGAAGGAUCUUGGGAAGAACGAUAUGGGAAAUUAAGAAAUUUAGCUGUUAAGUUAAAAAGUAAAGUGCGUGAGCUGACCCAAGCUCUGAAUCAGCAACAGUCCGAAAAUGAAGAAAUCCAAACCAAAUUAUCAUCUAGCGUAAAAACGAUUCAGAACUUACAAUCCCAAUAUGACAAACUCGAAGAUGAUUUGGAAAAAUCUAAAAAACAAUGCGCCAACCUGCAAAUCCAGCUGAGUGGCGCUGCAAGCGACAUCUCCAGGGACAAGCAGUAUCUGGCCAAUUCCGAAGAGAUCAUCGCCGAGCUGAAAAACGAAUUAGAGAAAAGGAGAAAAGAAAAAGAGGCCACGGAGAAUUGGAAGAAGCAAGUCGGCGCCAAGAUACAGACUCUAAGAAAAGAACUGGAAGCCAACAACGUUUUGAAAAAAGAUUUCGAAGCUCAAAUAGCUACUUUGACCAGCAAUCUGGAAUCCAAAGAGCUCGCUUUGAAAUCAGAAAUCGAGAAUCACAAGCACACCAAGAGUUUACUAGAUCAAUCCAAUAACGAGCGUAAAAAGAACUCCGUCCUGAGUUUAGAAAUGCAAGAUUACGAAAGAGGCGCCAUAGAAUCAUCUAAGAAGCUUGAAAAGCAACAAGAGGAGAUUGCUAAAUUGAAAAACCAAGUGGACAGUCAAAAGAGCACCAUAAACGCCCUAAGAGAACAGAAUAAGUUACUGGAAGAAAGGAUACUAUCGGAAGAAGACAAUUUGAACACUCUAACAGCAGAAAUAUCGACCUAUAAGAAACAAAUAUCCAAUUUAGACAACGAAAUAUCGCAGAAAAUCGAUAAAAUCCACUCGUUAACCCAACAACUUGAAACAUCUCGUUCGGAGGCCGAAGAACUCUCCACUGAACUCAGCAAACUUAUUUCCGAGCACCAGAAAGCCAAUAAUAUCCUCAAAUCCGAGCGGGAUCAUCUUUCGGCGGACAAUCUGAGGCUGCAACAGAGCCUCAGAGAGGCCCAGGAUAGUUUGAGACUGAACAAGGACGAGCUCAGAGUGAUCCAGAACGAGUAUGACGGGUAUAAGGUCAGGGCGCAGAGCGUUCUGAGGCAAAACCAAAACAGAGACGUGGGUGUGGAGGAAAAGCUCUCUGAGGAGGUAGCGUCGUUAGUGGCGCAGAAUUUGAAACUCACCGAUCAGAUUCAUGAAGCUAAGAAAACCAUUGAAUCUCUGGAAAAUACCAACACCAAACUAUCGACCGAUAUUAAACAGUAUGAGCAAAAAGUUCGAGAGCUCGAAGAGGACGGCGAAGAGAUCAAAAUUCAGUUUGCCGAUUUGUCUGCCAAACAUGAAAAAACUGUUACAGAAAACGCCGAAACUUUGCGAAAUCUCAAGGUUCACGCCGAUACCCUUUCUCAGUGCUACAGACAACAAUUGGCCGACCAAGAAACCCGCCAUAAUAGAGAGAUCGUAGAAUUACAGAGCCGUUUAGAGAAGGCUCCGACCCCUACCGAAACCUCCCUUAUACUUCCAACGAUGCCUAGAGGUGAAGGGGAGGGUUCAGAAAGCAUAGGAAGCAACAAUUCUUCAAGCGUGCACCCAGUACCACUCGAAAGGCUGCUGGGAACCGAUUCUGAACAGGAAAUUGAAAGGAUAAGGAAGAAACUUCAAGACAACGAAUCGAAGGUGACCCAUCUGACGUCGCUGCUCUCGGACACUGAACAGGACUUGGUGAAACACGUCCAGAUGAAUAAGCUACUCAAAGAAGAAAUCAGGAGGCAGCAGAGGUCCGAAGAGAGGGAGAAACACGCCGAAAAUUUGGAGUAUCUCAAAAACGUAGUUUUUAAGUUCGUCACAUUGAACAGCGGCGAUGAGAGAAGCAGACUGGUACCGGUGCUAAAUACGAUACUCAAGUUAAGUCCUGAAGAAACGAAGCAUUUGAAUUCUGUGGCUACAGGCGGCCCAAACAGCUUAAAAGGAUGGAGCAGUUACUUACCAGCGUGGUCUUCGCCCAAUAAACCACAAUGAAAAAACUUCAGUCAGUUCCUAAUUAUAGGAAUUUAGAAGAAUAUUGUGCUAACGAGGCACGGUUUCUACUUAAAAUCAUAAUCUGGAAGGUAUUUACAGGACAUUGCAGAGUGUGUCGACAAGCAAUGGAUAAUUGACAGCUUCUGAUAUAUGACAAAUGUCAUUUUUUAUUAAAGUGCUAAUUUUAAACUAAAAUAAUUCCGUUAAAACAGUUUUUUGUCAUCUAUAUACUUCACGUUAUUUUUUUCAAUACAUAUGGUCGUUUCUCAGUAUAUUUAAAUAAAAAUAUGAAUUACAGUUGACAUAAACCAAAUGUCAAAUACAAAAUGUUUAACUGUACAAGAGUGCUUAU